UCGCCGUAAAGCGCCAUCAGGGAGCCCACGUGGUUGUGUUGACUGGACAGCUUCCUGGUGAAAAACGCGACUUUUCCAAGUGGGCAAACUUGACGUUGUCGCUAUGGGCAAACGCGGGAGCCGGAGCCAGAGCCAGCUACUCAACACCCUAACUAAAAAGCAGAAGAAACAUCUUCGAGAUUUCGGCGAGGAGCAUCCCUUCUAUGACAGGGUUUCCAGAAAGGAAGCAAAACCACAGAUUUGUCAACUGUCAGAGAGUUCAGAUUCUUCAGAUUCUGAAAGUGAAUCAGAGAGUGAGCCAGAACAAGUUUCUGGCUACCACAAACUACUUGCUACAUUAAAAAAUGUUUCUGAGGAAGAAGAGGAGGAUGAAGAGGAGGAAGAGGAAGAAGACAGUAUUGUAGAUGAUGCAGAAAUGAACGAUGAAGGUGGUGGUAGCGAUGUCAGUGUGGAAGAAAAGAUGGCUGCAGAGUCUACUGAAAGUCCAGAGAAUGUACCUUUAUCUGCUGACCCUGAGGGAAAAGAAGAUGGGGAAGGGCCACCGGGCACAUCACAAGCAUCCCCCGAAGAGUUCACAGACGCAAAACAUGAGUCACUGUUCAGUCUGGAAACCAAUUUUCUGGAAGAGGAAAGUGGAGACAACUCGUCUUUGAAAGCAUCUCAAGAUCCAUUUCUUCAACAUGUGAACAAAGAACUGAAAGAAAAAGAAAUUCAGGCUGUUGCCACAAAUCCCAAAACCACCCACGAGCUUAAAUGGCCUAUCCUGGGCCAGCUUGUCUUUUCCUCUAAGUUUCAGAAGUUGGAAACAUUUAAACCCCCAAAGGAUAUUGACUUAAAGUCACUUCAUCUCCAGAAGCCUCUGGAAUCCACCUGGACUAAGACCAACAGCCAGUUCCUAUCUGGUCCCCAAAAAUCAAGCAGCCCAUUCACCCCCCUCCAGAAAGAACUCUUCUUAAUUAUGAAUUCUUACCGGGACCUGUUCUACCCAGAAAGCACUGCCCUGAAGAACGGGGAAGAGAUCCGCCAUGUGUAUUGCCUGCAUGUGAUAAAUCACGUCCUCAAAGCCAAUGCCCAGGUGCUUGGCAACAAUAGCAGACGCCGAAGCCAGAAGUUUGGAGUGGGUGAUGAUGAUGACUUCAGAGACCAAGGGUUAACAAGGCCUAAGGUACUGAUAGUGGUGCCAUUCCGGGAAGCUGCUUUGCGGGUGGUGCAGCUCUUCAUCAGCCUCCUCGAGGGUGACAGCAAGAAGAAAAUCAUUGUGAGCAACAAAAAGAGGUUUCAGGGAGAAUAUGGAUCAGAUCCCGAGGAGAGACCACCCAACUUGAAGAGGCCUGAGGAUUAUGAAGCCGUGUUUGUGGGCAAUAUUGAUGACCACUUCAGGAUUGGAGUGGCAAUACUUCAGAGAAGCAUCCGACUCUAUGCCCCGUUUUACUCCUCGGAUAUCCUCAUUGCUUCCCCGCUGGGCUUGAGGACCAUCAUUGGUGGAGAAGGAGAGAAGAAGAGAGAUUUUGACUUUCUGUCUUCUAUUGAGCUUCUCAUCAUUGAUCAAGCUGACAUUUACCUGAUGCAGAACUGGGAGCAUGUCCUGCAUUUGAUGAAUCACAUGAACCUGCUACCCCUGGACUCACAUGGGGUAGACUUUUCUCGAGUGCGGAUGUGGAGCCUCAAUAAUUGGUCCAAGUACUAUCGCCAGACACUGCUAUUUGGGGCCCUUCAGGAUGCCCAGAUCAACUCAGUGUUCAACAAGUACUGUGUCAACAUGCAAGGCCAGGUGGCUGUGAGGAAUGUCCCAAUGACAGGCUCUAUCAGUCAUGUCCUGGUGCAGCUCCCACAUGUCUUCCAGAGGAUGGAAGCUGAAAACCUAGCUUCAGUGAUUGAUGCCAGGUUUAACUUUUUUGUGAACAAGAUUCUGCCGCAGUAUCGUGAUGCAGUCAUGUCUCACACGCUCAUCUAUAUCCCCUCCUACUUUGACUUCGUGCGUCUUCGAAAUUACUUCAAGAAGGAGGAACUGAAUUUUACCCACAUCUGCGAGUACACGCAGAAGUCCGGUGUCUCCAGGGCCAGACACUUCUUCCUUCAAGGAGAGAAACAGUUUCUGCUUUUCACAGAGCGCUUCCAUUUCUACAAAAGGUAUACAAUAAAAGGCAUCAGGAACCUGAUUUUCUAUGAACUGCCGACAUAUCCACACUUUUACAGUGAAAUCUGUAAUAUGCUGAGAGCCACCAACAGAGGAGAAGAGGCCACGUGGACCUGCACUGUUCUCUACUCCAAGUAUGAUGCCCAGAGGUUAGCUGCCGUGGUUGGUGUGGAGCGGGCAGCACAGAUGCUACAAUCCAAGAAGAAUGUCCACCUCUUCAUUACUGGAGAAAAAUGAACUUUUGUUGGACAGGAAGUGGUAUUUGGCAUGAUACAUAAUGUUUGAUUCUAUGCCACUUGGACCCAAUUCUGAUUACUUACAGAAGAAGGAUUGAUAUAAAGGAAGUGCAUGAGGCAAUGUCAGUAUUAUCUGACAUUUCUUUCUUUUCAGGUUAUGUGUCCCUGAAAAGUUAAAUGUAAACCAGAUUUUGGUAAAUCACAUUUUUCAGAAGUGAAGAGGGGGCUAGAAGGACUCUGAGAAGUUGGUAGAAGAAAACUUCCACUUGUGAAUAUUUUUAUGAGACAUAAAUUCUUUUAUUACAAUUUACCUCUAAUUUAUUACACUUAGUAAAUUCUUCCAGAUUUUUCUAUUUGUUUGACACUUUCUUAAAGUAAGAAUACACAUCAUUGCUUGUGAGAACUGGUUAUGAGACACUGGAAUACUUCCUGCUGCUACAUGUCUUCUUAAUUUUGGAUGGCAUGGGUUUUGUAAAACUUAUUUUCCCCCAGCCAAACUUUUUUGAAACCUUAAAUAAUCUACCUUAAUUCAGCCUAGAAGAGUACAUUGAUUCACUGAUCUUUUUUUAUGUUCAUAAUAGUAAAUGUUUUAGUUAUGUUCAAAUAUAUGCUUAAAGUCACAUUAUUUAAAAAACAUAUCUGCUCUGUCUCAAGAAGUAAUUUUGUUGAAACUCCAUGUUUAAUAUUCAUCUUCAACAGUAGGGUCUUCAUAAUAGCUGGUCAUUUUUUGAGUCAUAAACAGAUGCAAAUAAAAAGAAAAUUACACUUUUAA